AUAUAAAAUCAAUCCGCUAGCCUGGAAAAUUCAUUUUAUGAGAAAGCAUUGUUGUUCAUCAAUCCGUAACGUGAUUUAUUUGAUAAAUCUUUAUUGGAUAGUACCAGAUGGCUCCUUACAAGACUUUCUUCAUAUUCUUCGUCCUAGGAACGACUUCUUCAGUGUUAGGAUUAACAAUAUCACAAUUAACUUCAUCCGAAGACGAUUCUAACGCACGAGAAGGAAAAGGUUAUCUAUUUUCUGAUGAUUAUUUCAAAAACGACAAAUUGUUAGAAGAGACAGCAAAUCAAGAAACUCUUAAAAAUUGUGAGAAAGUUAUCAAAAAUGGUAUGAUUUGUCUUGUCUGUAAAGAACCAGAGAACAAUGGAAACUAUGAACAAUGCGCUUAUGUUUCACAUCCUCGUAAAAAGUUGCUUUCAUAUCAGAAAAGCAAACCAGAACCGGACAUUGAUGAGAUCUCAACUAAGUCAAAUGAUAAGAAGCAACCUGCUAGACGAAGAUUAGAAACUGAAGAAAGUGAUGAAUACUUUAUUAACUUACCACAAAAAGAAGACAAAAAAAAUGAAAAAGAUAGUGGUGAUGAGGAAGAUGAUGAUAAUGAAAAUCCCAAUAAUUAUUCCUCCGAGUAUGCUUCAGAAUUCGAAAAAACUAGUAGAAGUAUAGAAGAUGAUGAUUGUGAAGAAAUUGAAAAAGAUGGAAUGACUUGUAUGCAGUGUAAAAAUACUAAAACUGGUGGAAAAUAUGAAAAAUGUACUUCAGCAUAUGAACCAAAAGAUAAAGUCUACAAAUUUAGUACAUCUAAAAGUUUUGGAUACCCUAGUAAAAGCAAAAGCCCAAAGAAAGAAAAGAGCCAGUCUUAUAGACGUACUGACGAAAAACCAUACAAACCUGAAUCAGAGGAAGAAAUUGAAGAAAAAAGUGAUUCAGUGAAUUGUCGUACAGUCCUUAAGGAUUCAAUGACAUGUCAAGUCUGUUUAGAUCCUCACACACAUGAAAGUUCUGAACAAUGUUCAUAUUCUUAUGAUCCUGAUGAUAAAGUUUAUGCCUAUUCGAAAUCUAGGUCUUUUGGUACACCUAAAAAAGAUAGAAAAUAAAAAUUUUAGUAAAAAAAAAAUAUUGAAUUUAAGCUUGUUUAUUGUAAUUUGUGGAGUUUCAUUUUUUUAUCUGAUGGAAUU